CAUUUCUCAUCCUACCCGCCGGCCUCCCCUUUUAUUAUUUCACCAGCGAAGUCUCCCCUUGUAGCCAUAAACUAGUCAUGUCAAGUCCAGAAGUACUCCCAGACUCCGAAGCCAAAAGAUGGAAGUAUCUCAACAAUGUCCGAACACGGCCAGGCGCAUUCGUGGAUCCGGAAGAGUUUGAUGGCUCAACGGUAGUAGAGAACAUGAACAAAAUCAAGAUCUUGCAAGUCAUCCUUUCAACUGGCAGUACACCAAGUGUAUGCGUAUAUCAACCUAUUCAAGCAGAAGCUGAUACCUUUUCCAGAGUCAUCGGAGCUGGAGGACUGGGUUGUGAGAUCCUUAAGAACCUCGCCCUUUCCGGGUUCAAGGACAUUUCCGUCAUCGACAUGGAUACGAUCGACAUCUCCAACCUUAACCGCCAGUUUCUCUUCCGUCAUGCGGACGUAGGGAAAUUCAAAGCCGAAGUAGCUGCCAAGUUCGUUGAGAGAAGAGUUAAAGGCGUUAAGAUCACGCCAUAUAACUGCAAGAUACAGGACUUCGAUGAAGACUUCUACCAGCAGUUCCAGAUUGUAGUCUGCGGACUGGACAGCAUCGAGGCACGCCGAUGGAUCAACGCCACCUUGGUCAACAUGGCGAAUUGUGAAAACCCUGAUAGCAUGAAACCCCUCAUCGACGGCGGCACCGAGGGCUUCAAGGGCCAAGCCCGCGUUAUCCUACCGACCAUGGGCUCUUGUAUCGAGUGCCAGCUGGACAUGCACGCUCCCCGAGCCGCCGUUCCUCUUUGCACACUUGCCAGCAUCCCCCGCCAGCCGGAACACUGCAUCGAAUGGGCGCACGUCAUCGCUUGGGACAAGGAGAAGCCGUUCCCGCAGCUCGACAAGGACGACCCGGAGCACAUCACCUGGCUCUAUCAGAAAGCCCUCGAGCGAGCAAAGGAGUUCAACAUAUCGGGCAUCACUUACUCUCUGACGCAAGGCGUGGUGAAGAACAUCAUCCCGGCCAUCGCGGCCACGAACUCGGUCAUCGCCGCGGCCUGCUGCAACGAGGCACUCAAGAUCGCAUCCAGCUGUGCACCCUUUUUGGGCACCCCCGGCGAAGGCGAGCCUAACUAUAUGAUGUAUUCCGGUAACGACAGCAUCUACACGUAUACGUUUAAGCACGAGCAAAAGGAGGACUGCCCCGUGUGCGGCAUGACGGCAAGGGUGCUCAAGGUCAACCCCAAGUGGACGCUCGAAGAGCUCAUAGAGUCGUUCGCUACCCUUCCUGAGGCGCAACUGAAGAAGCCGUCGGUGCGGGCUGAGGGCAAGACGCUGUACAUGCAGUUGCCCCCGAACUUGGAGGAGCAGACGCGGCCAAACUUGGAGAAGACACUUGAGCAGCUUGGGCUGACGGAAGGUACUGAGCUCGCCGUUACUGAUCCAGCGUUUGUAGGCGUGGUGUUUAACUUCAGCCUCAAGUUUGCAUGAUGGUCCCCAGACAUGAACGUAUCAUGAUAACCUGGCCUGGUUUGCCUGGACUUUGUUUAUGCUAUUUAGAGGCUGGAUUUGUGAAUUACCUACAAGCGGGAGCGUUGCACAACACGCAGCGGGGAAUGACCCGCAAGAUGGCUAUAGCGAUGAGUUAGCACCCUAUUCAAUUGAGUAGAUGUCAAUACAAGAUAUGAUUAA